CUGCCGAAAGUCUACGGCUUACUGAAUUCCACGCCGCGGCAGCCUUGCUCGCCCACGCGUUCUAUGUUGCUCAGCGGCACCAACCAUCACAUUGCCGGCAUCGGCACAAUGGCGGAGCGAAUCACUCCAGACAUUGCUGGCAAGCCUGGGUAUGAGGGCUACCUGAACGACCGGAUAGUCUCGAUGCGGGAGCUACUCCGACAUGCCGGCUACGAGACGCCGAUGAGCGGGAAAUGGCACCUGGGCCUGACGCCCGACCGCGUGCCCGCCGCGCGAGGGUUUGAGCGCUCCUUUAGCAUUCUCAAGGGG